AACUACAAAGCUGCUGCAGUCUUAAAACUGCAUCAUCGUUUUUAAGCUUUCCUCCGAGUUCCAUUCCUGCUCAGCAGGGUUUGACCCUCUGACGUGAGUUCAGUCUCACAUUAACGCCCUCCUUUCCUCUGACGUCGACGAUCUUCGCGCAGACCACUCGCCCCCAACCAAACCGGAAGCAGUAGUGAAGCAUCUCGCGCCGUUUCAGCCCUCUCUGCUCUCGUCUCAUCAUCGCCGCCACCAUCAUCACCAUCCCCAUCAUCAUCAUCAUCAUCAUCAUCACCAGCAGCAGCAGCAGCAGCCCCGCCUCAGGACGUCCACCGCUGGCCGGCUGCUUCCUCCCCACAUCUGGCGGGCUGUCAGCACACUCUCGGUGCCGCUCCGUUCCCACCGGCGCGGCAUGCCCACAUCCACGCCGCCGGCUCGCAACAAGAAGGUCAAGGAGCGGAUCCUAGGAGCGGAGGGGCGCGAUGUCCGAGGUGCGCAAAUUCACAAAGAGGCUGAGCAAGCCGGGGACGGCGGCGGAAGUCAGGCAGAGCGUGUCGGAGGCGGUGAGGAGCACCGCGGACCCGGUGGAGCAGCCGAAGAUCAUCGAGCCGCUGGACUAUGAAGCGGUGGUGUUUCAGAGGAAGGCCCAGAUCCACAGUGACCCGCACCGAGACCUGCUGCUCUGCCCUGUCGACGAUGUCUCGGAGUCCCAGAUCUCCCGGCAGAGGAGGACCGUCGUUCCCUCUGUUCCCCAGAACGCAGAGCAGGAGGCCAGGAGCCUGUUUGCCAAAGAGUGCAUCAAGAUGUACAACACCGACUGGCACGUCAUCAACUACAAAUACGAGGCUUACUCGGGCGAUUUCCGCAUGCUGCCAAGCAAAGGGCUGAAGACCGACAAGCUUCCUGCUCACGUGUUUGAGAUCGAUGAAGACGCCAAAGACGAGGACACGUCGUCGCUGUGCUCCCAGAGGGGGGGCAUCCUGAAGCAGGGCUGGCUGCAGAAAGCCAACAUCAACAGCAGCCUGUCCGUCUCCAUGAGGGUGUUCAAGCGGAGGUACUUCUACCUGUCCCAGCUCCCUGACGGCUCCUACAUCCUCAACUCCUACAAGGACGAGAAGAACUGCAAGGAAACCAAAGGCUCCAUCUACCUGGACUCCUGCAUAGACGUUGUUCAGAGUCCUAAGAUGCGGCGCAAUGGCUUUGAGCUGAAGAUGCAGGACCGCUACAGCCACUUCCUGGCUGCAGACAGCGAGGCAGAGAUGGAGGACUGGGUGGCCACGCUGAAGCAGGCUCUGCAGAGCGGCACCGAGGCCGUCCCCGACAAGAGGAACGGAGCCGAGCCGCUGGACUUCGCCACAGACGACGACACUGUGAGCCAAGGCAAGGGUGAAGGUCUGCAGGAGAGCCAGGGCAGGAGCCUGCACACCGAACUCAUGAGGUAUGUGAGGGAGACGGACCAGCUCAAUAAGAUCAACAGGAAUGAAGGCAGACAAAAGCUUUUCUCCCUGGACCCUGAGACGCAGAGGCUGGACUUCUCGGGCAUCGAGCCAGACGUGAAGCCGUUCGAGGAGCGAUUUGGCCGCCGCAUCAUGGUCAGCUGCCACGACCUCACCUUCAGCCUGCAGGGCUGCGUUAACGAGAAGGCUGAUGGGGUCCUCACCAACGUGGAGCCCUUCUUCAUCUGCCUCGCUCUCUUCGACCUGUCCAAGAACUGCAAGAUCUCGGCCGACUUCCACGUGGACCUGAACCCGCCGUGCGUCCGGGACAUGCUGACGGACGCCUCGGGCCAACCGUCUCCUUCCUCGGACUCUGAGGGUGCGGGUGGAGGAUCGGCAGAGGGCGGAGGGGGGCUCCUGGUGAACGGAGACUGCGGGAGAGGCAACGGCCUCCCCGUGGUCCAGAGGGUGUCGGAGGCUCUGCUCCGCUUCCCCACGCAGGGCAUUUUCUCGGUGACCAACCCUCACGCCGACAUCUUCCUGGUGGCCCGCGUUGAGAAGGUUCUGCAGAACGGGAUCACCCACUGCGCCGAGCCGUACAUCAAGUCCUCUGACAUCACCAAGACGGCCCAGAAGGUGCUGAAAGCUGCUAAACAGACGUGCCAGCGCCUGGGCCACUACAGGAUGCCUUUCGCCUGGGCGGCCAAGCAGGUGUUCAAAGACGCUCAGGGCAGCCUGGACAUGGAUGGGAAGUUUUCUCCUCUCUAUCGCCAGGACAGCAGCAGAAUCUCCUCAGAGGACCUCCUCAAGCUGCUGGCCGACAUCAGAAAACCUGAGAAGAGCAAACUGCAGGUCGUUCCUGGACAGCUGAAUGUGACCAUUGAAUGUGUCCCGCCUGAUUUCUCAAACACGGUGACCUCCUCCUACAUCCCCGUCAAACCCUUCGAGGACGGCUGUGAGCGCGUGUCCGUGGAGAUCGAGGAGUUCCUCCCGGGGGAGGCCAAGUACAACUACCCCUUCACCACCUACAAGAACCAGCUCUACAUCUACCCGCUGCAACUAAAGUACGACAACCAGAAGUCCUUCACCAAGGCCAGGAACAUCGCUGUCUGCAUGCAGUUCAGAGAUUCAGAUGAAGAGGGUUCUGCUCCUUUAAAGUGCAUCUACGGCAAGCCGGGAGACUCUCUGUUUGCCAGCAGCGCCUACGCAGCUGUCCUGCACCACAACCAGAGCCCCGAGUUCUACGACGAGGUUAAAAUUGAGCUGCCGGUCCACGUGCACGAGAGACACCACAUCCUGUUCACCUUUUACCACAUCAGCUGCGAGUCCAGCACCAAGGCCAGCAGCAAGAAGAGGGACGGGGUGGAGUCACUGGUGGGCUACUCUUGGAUGCCUCUGCUCAAAGAUGGAAGGAUGCAGUCAUCGGAGCUCCAGCUGCCCGUCGCUGCUACUCUCCCUGCUGGAUAUCUGGCUCAGGACAGCAGAAAGUCGCAGCCGGAUAUCAAGUGGGUGGAAAACGCCAAGCCACUGUUCAAAGUGAAGACCAACGUAGCAUCAACGAUAUAUCCUCAGGACCUCCAUCUGCACAAGUUCUUCCAGCACUGCCAGCUGAUGAAGGCCGCAGCAGAUGGCAACCCAGCAGAACUCAUCAAAUACCUGAAGUGCCUGCAUGCCGUGGAGACUCACGUUGUCAUCACCUUCCUCCCAACGGUGCUGAUGCAGCUGUUUGAGGUGCUCACAGCCGCCACCAAAGAAACCCAGGAGAUCGCUGUCAACUCUCUGCGAGUAAUCAUACAUAUCGUGUCCAAAUGCCACGAAGAAGGACUGGAACACUACCUGCGCUCCUUCGUUAAGUACGUCUUUGUGACCAAUCCACCAGCGUCAGGAAGCUCGGCGACCACCCACGAAGUACUGGCCACUGCUGUAACAACCACCCUUAAGCAAACUGCGGAUUUCAACACCAGCAACAAACUGCUCAAGUACUCGUGGUUCUUCUUUGAGACCAUGGCAAAGUCCAUGGCCCAGUACCUGCAGGAAGGAAACCGCAUGAAGAUGCCGCGGGCCCAACGUUUCCCCGACAGUUUCCACCAGGCGCUGCAAUCCCUGGUGUUGUCCAUUAUGCCCCACAUCACCAUCCGCCACAUGGAAAUCCCAGAGGAAGCAAAAAGCAUCAACUUGAGCCUGGCCAGUUUGAUUAAGAGGUGCCUGACGUUCAUGAACAGAGGCUUUGCGUUCGGCCUGGUCAACCACUACAUGUGCCACUUCAGUCUGAAAGAUCCAAAGAGCAGAGUCUGGAGUUCAGUCUGACAGAGGAAUACUGCAGGAAUCACUUCCUGGUGGGUCUGCUGAUGAGAGAAGUGGCCGAAGCUCUGCAGCAGGGGCCCGAGGUCAGACAGCUGGCCGUGAGCAUUCUCAAGAACCUCCUCAUUAAACACGCUAUGGACGACCGCUACACAGCAUUCAAGAACCAACAGGCCAGGAUCUGCAUGCUGUACCUGCCCCUGUACGAGCUGCUCUACCAGAACCUCAAGCAGCUGUCGGCCCAGCCGCUGAUGUCGAGCCUUGGACUCGGUCUAAAUGGCUCCAGAGAUGACCUGAUAUCCACCAGCUCCACAGACAGCAGGAGAAUCAGCACCGCCAUGGAUAAAGACCACGGUCUCUCAGCUCUGAAUGGCCAAGUCGUGAGGAGGGAGGACUCCAGAGGCUCUCUGUUUAUGGACUCAGGAACACCAGACAGCCUUGAGCUGCAGCGUCGCGGCUCCACCAUGAGCAGCAGCGCCGGGCCUCCUGCCGGCAGGCUCGGCCACUACGAGAUCAAGGGCCUCCUGUUCUCCUUCCUGCACAUCGCCAAGACCUUGUCGGAGGAAACUCUGACGGCCUACUGGAGCAAACUCAGCCCUCAGGACAUCAUGAACUUCCUCAGCUUGCUUGAGACUUGUAUUAUCCAGCUCCGAUACAUCGGAAAGAGAAACAUUAGCAGGAGCCAGGACGUGUGCGUGUCGAAGCUCUUCUCCUCGGACAGGAAGUCUCAGACGAUGCCGGCCAUGCGCUACAACCGUGCUAGCCUGAUGCAGAACAAGAUGCACCAGUUCAGCACCAUGGAAACCUCCCUCACCCUCAACAUGGGGACGGGGCCGUCGGAGGCGGAGAUCCACCAUCAGGCUCUGCUGGAAGGCAACAUCUCCACCGAGGUGUGCCUGAGCGUCCUGGACGUCCUCUCUCUUUUCAGCCAGUGUUUUAAGACCCAGCUGCUGGACAGCGACGGUCACAACCCCCUGAUGAGGAAAGUCUUCGACGUCUACCUGACCUUCCUGAAAGUGGGCCAGUCCGAAGCGGCCAUCCGCCACGUGUUCGCCUCGCUGCGGGGUUUCAUCAACAAGUUCCCCUGCGUGCUGUUUAAAGGCCGCGUGACGCUGUGCGAGGACCUGUGCUGCGAGGUGCUCAAAUGCUGCGUCUCCAAGCUGGCGGCGCUGAGGGCCGAGGCGUCGGCGCUGCUCUACCUGCUGAUGAGGAACAACUACGAGUACACCAAGAGGAGGACCUUCCUGCGCACGCACCUGCAGAUCAUCAUCGCGGUGAGCCAGCUGAUCUCCGACGUGGCGCUCACGGGCAGCUCCCGUUUCCAGGAGUCCCUCUCCAUCAUCAACAACUUCGCCAACAGCGACAAGGCUAUGAAGUCCACAGCGUUCCCCGCCGAGGUGAAGGGUCUGACCAUGCGGAUACGCACGGUGCUGAUGGCCACGGCCCAGAUGAGGGAGCACGAGAAGGACCCCGAGAUGCUCCUGGACCUGCAGUACAGCCUGGCGCGCUCCUACGCCAGCACCCCCGAGCUGCGACGCACCUGGCUGGACAGCAUGGCCAGAGCGCACCUGAAGAACGGAGACCUGUCUGAGGCCGCCAUGUGCUACGUCCACGUGGCCGCGCUGGUCGCCGAAUAUCUGCACAGAAAAAAGCUGUUCCCGUGCGGCCUGGCCGCUUUCAAGAAGGUCACCUUGAACAUCGACGAGGAAGCAGCCAUGAAAGAGGACACAGGCAUGCAGGACGUCUACUACACAGAGGAAGUCCUGGUGGAGCACCUGGAGGUCUGCGCCGAGGCCCUGUGGAAGGCCGAACGCUACGAGCUCAUCACGCACGUGGCCAAACUCAUCAUCCCUGUCUACGAGAAGCGCCAUGACUACGAGAAACUGAGCCGGCUGUACGACACUCUUCACAGAGCCUACAACAAAAUCAUCGAGGUGACCCAGUCAGGCCGCAGGAUGCUCGGGACGUAUUUCCGAGUCGCGUUUUAUGGGCAGGGCUUCUUUGAGGAGGAAGAUGGAAAGGAGUACAUCUACAAAGAGCCCAAACUCACCGGCCUGUCGGAGAUCUCCCAGCGGCUGCUCACCCUCUACGGGGACAAGUUUGGUCCAGAAAACGUCAAAAUCAUUCAGGACUCCAACAAGGUGAACGCCAAGGAGCUGGACUCCCGGUUCGCCUACGUCCAAGUGACGUUCGUCAAGCCCUACUUCGACGAGAAGGAGGCGCCGGAGAAGAAGACGGACUUCGAGAAGUGCCACAACAUCAGCCGCUUUGUGUUCGAGACGCCGUACACGCUGUCGGGGAAGAAACACGGCGGCGUGGAGGAGCAGUGCAAGCGGAGGACCGUCCUGACAACUGUCAACGCCUUCCCGUACGUGAAGAAGCGCAUCGAGGUGCAGGGGGAGAGGCAGGUGGAGCUGAAGCCCGUGGACGUGGCCAUCGACGAGAUGAAGGCGCGCACGGCCGAGCUGACCAAGCUGUGCUCCAGCCAGGAGGUGGACAUGAUCCAGCUGCAGCUCAAGCUGCAGGGCUGCGUCUCCGUGCAGGUGAACGCGGGCCCCAUGGCGUAUGCCAGGGCAUUCCUCGACGAGAGCAAAUCCGGCUCGUCCGGCGGCAAGAAAGUCAAAGAGCUCAAGGAGGUUUUCAGACGUUUUGUGGAGGCGUGCAGCAUGGCGCUGGACAUUAACGAGCGGAUCAUCAAGGAGGACCAGUUCGAGUACCACGAGGGCCUGAAGUCCAACUUUAAGGACAUGGUGAAGGAGCUGUCCGACAUCAUCCACGAGCAGAUCUACCAGGAGGACAUGAUGCGAUCGCUGCUGCAGAACUCUCUCCAUGUUUUCCGCGCCAUCAGCGGGACGUCCACAGACCUGAGCUGACCUCAAACACAGCCCCUCUGCGUUUUCUACCACCCCCACCCCAACAUGUUUAUCCGCUCCACUCCUGGCGACAUUGUCCGCUGCCUAUCUGUUGCAUCGCUGCCUGAUGAGCAGAGG